AGAAUUGAAAACAAAAAUAGUGUUUGUGAUUGACAAAAAUUAAGAUUAGAAGUAAGAAUAUAUUGAAAAUUUCUAUAAAUGAAAUUUCAAAUUUUCUUAAUUGUGACUUGGAGUAGUAAAGGAAAUUUAAUAUGGUACCUGAAAAACAAAGGUGGUCUGUUUUUAUUAAUGAGGUUCUAAUUUAUGCAAAGCUUCAAUAAAUAAUUAAUGCGAAAAUUGCUCCUUCGUAAAUACGGAUUAGCUGCUUCAUUCAUCGGCUUGUCCGAAACUGCUAAAAGCGUUGAAGCAUCCUCACAUCAAAUCACUGUCUCUGUUCCUCCUUCUCCCUCUUACUCAGUCUGAUCCCACGGCUUCACCACCCUGACGCACAUCACAACGCUGCAUCUGCAGUUCCAAACGCAACCCCCCUCGGUUUCAUUGGCUCCCUGUGGCUAAUGCUGAGCUUGGGAUUGCGAGAGAAUUGUGAGCGGCGGUGAUCAAUACAAUGCGGUUGUUUCCCUCGAGCUCCAGCUCGAGCUCGGGUGCGACAACGAAGGGGCAGAGGAGUGGAGGAGGCAAUCGAGCUAUGCUGUACCUCAAUGUGUAUGAUCUCACGCCUAUAAAUAACUAUCUCUACUGGUUUGGGCUCGGCAUCUUCCACUCGGGUAUUGAAGUGCAUGGUUUGGAGUAUGGAUUUGGAGCCCAUGAGUACUCAACUAGUGGGGUAUUUGAGGUGGAACCAAGAAGUUGUCCUGGGUUUAUUUUCAGACGAUCGGUGCCACUGGGUAGCACUGACAUGUCUCGUUCAGAAUUUCGGUUAUUCAUGGAGCACAUUUCCGGGAAAUAUCAUGGGGACACUUACCAUUUGAUUGCGAAGAAUUGCAACCAUUUUACUGAUGAAGUCUGUAUGCGUCUCACCGGAAAGCCUAUUCCUGGAUGGGUGAAUCGGCUGGCUCGAGUAGGUUCCUUCUGCAACUGCUUGCUGCCAGAAAGUAUUCAGAUUACAGCAGUCAGACAUCUACCUGAUCACCCAUCAUAUUCUGAAGAUGGAUCAGAUUCGGAUGCGUCAACUGCAACAGCUGGGAGUGAAGAGGAGGAGCUAGAUCAUCACCUGCUCACAUCACCAAAUGGCGAUGUUGCAUUUCUAAAGGAAAAGCCAGUGAGGCUAGCUAGGGAGCUCCUUUGAUUUUUCGCCAUCAACUCCCUUGCAUUGUUGUCUUGGGUCUUUCUGUUGUUUGUACUAGCUAGUGUGUGGCCUCAAAAGUGUAUAAAAAAACAUGUAAUUCUGGUUCAUUGGUUUGAGAGCUGUGUUGUAUCUUCCCAAGUUCACAGAGAUGCCCAAGACUUGGUUGUUUCCUAAUGUUGCUUCUAAAUCUACGAUAGCUUUAUUGUUUGCCCCCUCUUGCAAGCUAUGUAUGAUGUUAUGUAUAGUGCGGUUGCAGUUUCAGUUAACCAUUAGUGAUUGAUUCGCAA